AUGAUCACAGAUGUACAGUUAGCUGUAUUCUGCAACAUCCUUGGAGCGACACUGUUUUGCUUAGUAUUUCUUUUUCACUACGUAUAUUCAAAUUACUCGAAAUAAAGAAGUAACAUGUUCAUAAACAUAACCUUAAUUCGCUUCAUCAAACGCUGACAUAUGAUUAAAUGGAGUUGUACAUCUAUGUAUUGUAUUUGAUACUGAUAAAUAUGGUUACUUAAAGUAAAUAAUUUCAAAAUAAUUGAUAAAUAUAUUCUUUAUAGAAUAA